AUGCGAGCGCACCCCGAGCCGGCCCGGAUCACAUGGGCUGGGCGUGGGGGAGGGGGAGGCGCGGGGAGCCGGCGGGGCGGGGAGGCGGCAGCGCCCCCCGGGUCCCCCCGCUCCUCCCCAGCGAUCCAAGUUCGCGGGCCCCUGCGCCCCAGCCGGAGGUGGCCCCCGCCGCCCGCCCUGCCUCCGCGCCCGGGUUGCCAGCCGCCGCGCGGAAAUUUAGGUCAAGGACGCCUGGAGCACACCCACACCCCGUGCUCCCCCACACCCCCCCAGCGGUCCUCGGGACCCCCCCCGCACACACACACACACACACACGAGAUCGGGGGUCCUCGGAGAUGGAGGAGACCCUCCCCGGACCGACACCGGCCACAAGUUUUAUUUUCCCUUUCCGCGCGGCAAGUUCCCUGGCUCCCGCUCCACGCACCGGCACGUCCUGCACGGCUCCCCGCCCUUCCCCGGCAGAGGAUUAGGAGACAGUGGAAUACACUCAGCACCGAAACUGUGCCGUGUCCACUGUGGGUUUCGGGACGUUUGGAAAACCUCAACACCUCCGAGGCCUUAACCACCACCUUAGCCUUGAUGAAAGGGGCCGGGCUCCCAGAAGAAAAUAACCCUGCCUUUUAACUCCACCUGGAAACGGUUGACAUGGAGACAUUGCCACCUUCCCUGAUGCCUCUCCACUGGCCUUGGAGCUUUCCCCCACCGCCUCCACCAAGGCUGGCCUUGCCAAACACAUCCAAAGAUGACAGCUAGAACGGCGGGGUCGCCCCGCCCCCAACCCCUCCUCACUCACUCUAUAGGUUGUACCUGGGGGACCAUCUUUCAACAUUCUCUGCAGUCGUGUCCACUCACCACAGCAGCGGGCUCACGGACCCACAGCUACACCGUAGUUUUUAAAACUUUCGUUCCCAUUAUACACCGUGCAACGGCUACAGUGUCACUCCGUUAGGUGUUUCUAUCUCCAGAAAACCAACCCAACCAAAUCUGAGCAGACCUCUGUGAGAAACUGCUACUUUGUGUAAGAAGGGCGCACUUGGGAGGACUGUGGGUGUGAGCGCCCUCGUCUGGUGAGCAGAGGAAGCGCUUUGACUGUCGGUUCCCCCUUCCGGUGGAGCAGGGAAAAGGAGUCUGUCUUCCUCCCUUUAUAGUCUCCCGUUGCGGAGUUCAAGUUUCUGCUACUGGAUUCUGACAUCAAAAUCUCACCAAUUUAGGGGCUUCCUGUGGUUGAUGCCAAGACCCACCACAAGAGCCCACGCUGCAAUUUCUACAAUUAUUAACAAUCAGCUGAAAUUCCAAAAAAAAAAAAAAAAAACCCUGAAAGGAAGGGAACUCGAAGUUGGAUUCAAAUCUGCUUAGGCAAACAUGGUAUUGACACUUAUA